CUUUUUUCAUUUUUGUAAUGAACUAAUCCUGUUUUAAUAUUUCGAAUACGGAAGAAUUCAUAAAAAAUGUCAUCCGCGAACGAAUUUAGCCAAUACGACGAUAUUUUAUCAAAUAUUUUAGUUAAUGAAAAAUCUAUCUUGGGUUUUCUAUCGGCAAUUUUUAAUUUUUUAGCAAGACGCACCGAUUUCUAUUAUGUACCGGAUGGCCAGUACGAAAACAUAGGUUUUCCGCCGGGAGUUGCUGAAGAACUGGUUAUUAAAGUUCUCCGGACAUGCGACCCCAAAAACGUGAAGGAGCCGCACAAGCACACUGAUUUAAACAACGAGAUCAUGUGCUCGACAGUUGCCCAAGAGGUCGAAGUAAUUGCUAGUGAAGAUACCUCGGUAGACCUUGAGGCAAGUGGGGAACAAGAUGUCCUAACAUCUGAACAUCAAGUAAGGAAAGCAGUUUCGAGUCAGCCUGAAGAGUACAAGCCUCCGGUGAUACCAAUACAGAAGAGAAGCGAGUGCUACAAUGGAGCGGACAGAGAAAAUUACUCGUGGGCGCAAACUCUAGUGGAUCUUGAUGUAACUGUUAAACUUCCACCAGAUAUAAAAUCUUCAAAAGACCUAAAAGUUGCUAUAAAUCCUGGAGAUAUUUAUGUAUGUCGACAGAACGGUGAUGUAAUUGUUAAGGACUCUCUGCUGUUCAAGAUUAAGACCAGUGAUAGUUUCUGGAGUCUUAGCGAGGGACGAUUGUUGAUGCAUCUGGAAAAAGUCCGCGAGCAAUGGUGGUCAAAGCUUUUGAUUGGCGAAGAAGACAUUGAUUUAUCAAAGAUAGACUGCUCAAGGCCCUUACAUGAACUCCCAGAUGAUCACAUUGAUAAGAUAAAAGAGCUUCAAUGGAACCAAGAACAGAAAAUGAAAGGCCUACCUACUAGUGAUGAAAUAAGAAACAUUGAGAUAUUGAAGAAAGCUUGGAAUGCUGAUGGUUCUCCAUUUAAAGGUCAAAAGUUUGACCCUAGUAUUCUUAGCCAAUCAUUUACUCCUUUUGGAAAUAAUAAAUAAAUUCAGUAUUUA